CUCGUAAUAACAGCUGCCAUAGCAACCGCACAAGCCCCGCCUCCCCCUUGUAAACCUUCAGGCCACCUCGUCCUAUAAAGCGACCGCCUGCCGAGGAUUUCAAAAGGCGGGAGGGAAGAGACUGGCAGGCUGGCGGUCCGAGGCGGGACUUCCGGGCCGGUGUGAGGCCUCCUCGGACAUGACGACAGAGUGUCAACAUGCAAGAUGGCCGCUCAUCACCGACAGAAUACGGCGGGGCGGCGGAAAGUGCAGGUCUCCUAUGUAAUUAGAGAUGAGGUGGAGAAGUACAAUCGAAAUGGGGUAAAUGCAUUGCAGCUGGACCCAGCACUAAACAGACUCUUCACUGCAGGCCGAGACUCUAUCAUCAGGAUAUGGAGUGUCAACCAGCACAAGCAAGACCCUUAUAUAGCAUCUAUGGAACAUCACACAGACUGGGUGAAUGACAUUGUACUCUGCUGCAAUGGCAAAACUUUGAUAUCUGCUUCUUCUGAUACUACAGUAAAAGUAUGGAAUGCACAUAAGGGAUUUUGUAUGUCAACACUAAGGACACACAAGGAUUAUGUGAAAGCUUUGGCAUAUGCAAAGGAUAAAGAAUUGGUAGCAUCUGCUGGGCUGGACAGACAGAUAUUCCUCUGGGAUGUAAAUACGCUAACAGCACUGACUGCCUCAAAUAAUACAGUUACAACUUCUUCCCUUAGUGGGAACAAAGAUUCUAUCUACAGCCUUGCCAUGAAUCAGAUGGGAACAGUAAUUGUAUCAGGGUCCACCGAAAAGGUUUUAAGGGUGUGGGAUCCAAGAACUUGCGCUAAGCUUAUGAAACUCAAGGGGCACACAGACAACGUUAAGGCUUUGUUGUUGAACAGAGACGGCACACAGUGUCUUUCUGGCAGUUCUGAUGGAACUAUCCGACUCUGGUCACUUGGUCAGCAGAGAUGUAUAGCUACAUACAGAGUCCAUGAUGAAGGUGUAUGGGCACUUCAGGUCAAUGAAGCUUUCACUCACGUCUAUUCAGGUGGAAGAGACAGGAAGAUAUAUUGUACAGACUUGCGCAAUCCUGAUAUCCGGGUGCUCAUUUGUGAAGAAAAGGCACCAGUUCUUAAGAUGGAACUAGACCGAUCAGCUGAUCCUCCUCCAGCACUUUGGGUUGCUACAACUAAAUCAUCUGUGAAUAAAUGGACUUUGAAGGGAAUUCACAACUUUAGAGCUUCAGGGGAUUAUGACAAUGACUGUACCAAUCCAAUCACACCCCUUUGUACACAGCCUGACCAAGUUAUCAAAGGGGGUGCUAGUAUUAUCCAGUGCCACAUUCUCAAUGACAAGAGACACAUAUUAACCAAAGAUACAAAUAACAAUGUGGCAUACUGGGAUGUUUUGAAGGCAUGUAAAGUAGAAGACCUUGGGAAAAUGGACUUUGAAGAAGAAAUUAAGAAGAGGUUUAAAAUGGUAUAUGUGCCAAACUGGUUUUCAGUAGACUUAAAAACUGGGAUGUUGACAAUUACUUUAGAUGAGAGUGACUGCUUUGCAGCUUGGGUCUCAGCAAAAGAUGCAGGGUUUAGCAGUCCAGAUGGAUCUGAUCCAAAAUUAAACCUUGGAGGACUGUUACUGCAGGCUCUCUUGGAGUAUUGGCCGAGAACACACAUCAAUCCUAUGGAUGAAGAAGAAAAUGAAAUGAACCAUGUGAACGGUGAGCAGGAGAACAGAGUGCAGAAAGGAAAUGGAUACUUCCAAGUGCCACCACACACGCCAGUUAUUUUUGGUGAAGCUGGAGGACGCACUCUGUUUAGAUUGUUGUGUCGGGACUCCGGUGGUGAAACUGAAUCCAUGCUCCUUAACGAAACUGUGCCACAAUGGGUAAUUGACAUCACUGUGGAUAAAAAUAUGCCAAAAUUCAAUAAGAUUCCCUUCUACCUCCAACCUCAUUCCUCUUCUGGGGCAAAAACAUUAAAGAAGGACCGACUGUCUGCAAGUGACAUGUUGCAGGUCAGGAAGGUGAUGGAGCACGUUUAUGAAAAAAUAAUAAACCUGGACAAUGAAUCACAGACAACUAGCUCUUCCAAUAAUGAAAAAGCUGGAGAACAAGAAAAAGAAGAGGACAUUGCAGUUUUAGCAGAGGAGAAAAUUGAACUUUUGUGCCAGGACCAGGUUUUGGAUCCAAAUAUGGACCUUCGAACUGUCAAGCACUUCAUAUGGAAGAGCGGUGGUGACUUGACUCUCCACUACCGCCAGAAGUCAACGUGAACCAAGUGGUGGGCCCAACUGGUUAUUAACUUACUUGAGCUUCCUGUUCUGGUCCCAGCUGUAGUGCUCUAGAAGCCCACUGAAACCCUAAGGUAGAUCUGACACUUCUAAUGCCUCAGUGCGGACAGAGUCUACUUGAAUUGAAGUGACUAAUAAAUCUGUAAUAUAGAUGAAUCUCUAUGACCCAAACUAAAGUCUGUCCUUAUCAAAGUACAAGUGAGAGUGAUAUGAGAAGCCCUUGAGUGGUCUAUGUUUGUGUUAUGAGGUGUACAGAGACCAGGUAAUCCCAUGCAGAUGUUUGCUUCCAUCUUUGGGGCUUUUAUUUGGUUUUAUUUUCAAGAUUAUCAUACUUUUCUGCUCAAGCUUGAUAUGAAAACACUUUCUCAGCCCUGCUGCUAACUUGUUCACACUGUAAAAACUGCAUGCGCUGUACCUUGUUAAUAACAUUCCAUGGAUGCAGUUCAUACUUUUCAAGAAAAAUUGGCCACUUUUCCAAAACAAAUUAUUGAAGAGGAGGAGAUUUGUUGUACAGUUGAGCAGAACAGCCUCUAUAGCAUAAACCGGAGGGAUUAAUGUCCUUAGACUUGUUGAUAUCUGUCCUUCAGUUGUGAUCUUGUAUGAAACCAUUUUGGUUCUCAAAAGUAAACAAAUGAAUAGAUGGUGUGAUUACAGGGUCAGUACAGUGGUGCAGUGCAUCAUGAUGCAAUAUGUCAAACCUUUAACUAGCUUUUUAAACAAUUAAAAUGUAACUUCUGUAUUCUGUCCAUUUUUCCUUUUAAGAAGACAGUCACAAUGCCAGGUCAUAGUCCUCCACACUUCUGACAACUUGGCAGACUCUAGAAACCAUAGUUACAAAAACAAAACAUUCUUGCAGGUUUUCCUCCAAUGGUUUUUUAUAUGCAUUUGUGGAUGUUUUUGUUGUAAGCUGUAUACAGUUUAAUCUCUUUUCCUUUUUCACUGUUUCUAAAAACAUUUUACAGCUUUUUCAUAUUCUUCAUUAUAGUCUUGUAGAAUCUAAAUUAUUGAGGGUGGGGGGUGGAACAUUUCAGUGUUUGGGCAAGAAAAGCUGACUUUGAAUUUAAAAACAAAACUGGAACACAAAUAUCCUAACAAAAUAUGUCAUGGUUCUCAUUUGAAACAGAAGCACAAGUGCCUUCUUAAGGGCCAGUAUAGCAACAGUAGCUUUUUCCCUCGAGAUGAGUGUUCUUCUUUUCCUUUGUGGUGGCUGUUGAGAUAAAGCUGAAGUCUACAGGCCAUCUUGAGUAUGCUUUAAUGACAGUAAGAUGACUGCAAAGGGCCUGAUCCCAACAUUCCUUGCAAUAUGGGAGCUGCUGCUGUUCCAGUCAUUUGUGUUAACUGGGCACCAGGUGGGAUGAUGCUUCCCAUGCCCCAGUUGUCCUACUCAAGCAGCUGGCAGUGCCAGUAUAAGCAGUACAGAAGUGAGGACUGUACUAAUCCACAACACAAGGAAUAUAUCCAGUGGUGCUGUAGAAUAUUCUCAAAUUGCCUUAUGCCUUUUGAGUCUUUCAGCUCACUUCCAAGGGAAAGAAUGGAGUUUAAAAAACACCCUAAUAAACUUUGGUAGUGAUACAGGGAGCAACAUUAGAGCACCUUUUGGAUUUUUUUUUCCCUCUUGGGGGCAUGGGGAAGCACUCACAUGGUGUCUGCUUUAUACACCUUUCCAGAUGGUCAAAGCAACUGCCCUACUGCAAGAGUGGCAUUUGGAUUCACCCCAAAUCAUUAACCACCAGUGCUCUAGAUAACACAGGCACUGCUUAAACACUGGUUCAGAAUGAAGCUCGCAUGCACCUUUCCCAUCUUGAGAAUCAUUCAUCAUGUAAAUUCCAUUUGUGUGCAGAAAUCUAGUUUGCCACAUUUGUGCUACAUGCACACUUUAGUGAAGUUGGUGAAUUCAUUGGUUAAGCUGAACUGUACAUUGUCCUGAAUUGUAUCUAUAAAUAGCAGAGAGGAAGAGCAGUCUGUGCUUUGUUCUUAUAGACAUCAAUUCUGGAUUUUUUGCUCUCCUUAAUGUACUCAUUGAAAGUGAUUUUAACUCUCCCCUGCUUCCUUCCCCUCUAUUGUUUUGAAGAAACCAGCCAAGGUUCUAAACUUUGUUUUCUACAAACCCACUAAUGUAGUUUCCAGAAAGACUGACAGAGGGCCUGCAAUGCCAAAAGGAUGAAUAUGUAUUUCACAAUUGUAUAGAAUAAAAAACUUUAGCUAACA